AUUAUUCCUACAGAAGUUGGCAGACAGCCCGAGAGUGAAUUGGAUAAACAUAUUGUUGAAAAUUUAGAAGGUCAACAGGAAACCUCUUCGAUUUCUGAUAACUCUGGUCCAAAUUCACCUGACAAUACAAUAUCGAAAGCAACCGUUAAAGAACCAAAUUUUGUAUGUGGAUCUCAAUUAAAGGAACUUAAAGAAACUAGUAAUAUCACAACGUCGUUCCCUAUACAACGUGGAGUGAUCGUUAAUUGGGAAGAAUUAGAAGCUUUAUG